AUGAGCGGAAGCAACGGCAAGCCGCCAGCAGCAGCAGCAGCAGCAGCAGCAGCAGAAGCAGCAGCAAAGGGUCUUCCCCCAGCUCCCCCUGGCUGUCGGUGGAUGACAGAAGGACCUGACGGGUCUCUUAUUGAUCUGCAGCAGCAGCAGCAGCAGCAACAGCACCAGCAGCAGGAAGGAGACCUUGAGGACCUCUCCUCUGACGACGAGGCUGCAGCAGCAGAAGCAGCAGCAGCAGCAACAGCAGAUGCAGCAGAUGGAGAUGGUCCUCCCAAAGAGCUGCUGCUGCAUCCGCAGCUGCUAGAGAGCCGAAAGCGGUGGCUGCUUGCUGCAUGCGAAGCAGCAGGAGACACUGUUUGCUGCCUGGCGUUUAACAGACCUCAGCAGCAGCAGCAGCAGCAACAGCAACAGAAGGAGCAGCAGCAACAGCAGCAGCAACAGCAGCAGCAGGCGCCGCCGUUCCUUGCAGUAGGCGCUUCUGAUGAUUUGUGUCGUUUGUAUGAUUUGACUAAGCUCUCGCCCCCAGCAGCAGCAGCAGCAGCAGCAACAGCAGCAGCAGCAGCAGCAACAGCAGCAGCAGCAGCAUCAUCACCAGACACAGCAGCAGCAGAAGCAACAGCAGAUGUGGAGGAGCAGCAUUUGAGUGCUGCAGUGACUCUGCGUGAUGCAGGAGACUCUGUCUCUUGUGUCUCCUUUUCGUCUGACGGUUUGCUGCUGGCCUGCGGCUCUUUCGACGGCUGCGUUCGGGUGUACAGCACCCAGGCAGCAGCAGCAGCAGCAGCAGCAGCAGACACAGCAGCAGCAGCAGCAGGAAAAGGCGUGCUGCUGCAGGAGCUACGGGGCCCGUGUGAAGGGAUUGCUGCUGUGUCUUUUCAUCCUCGGGGCUACGCGCUGCUAGCCGCCUCCGAAGACAAAACUGCAUGGGUAUGGCUGCUGCCUCCUUCUUGGGGGUCUCCAGCAGCAGCAGCAGCAGCAGCAGCAGCAGCAGGAGGAGGGGGAGGCGCUCAGGGCUUGAAGCCUGCGGUUGUGCUGCAUGUGUUUGCUGCUGCUAGCCCCCUAACUUGCUGCUGCUUCAGCAGCAGCGGCAGCCGCUGUCUUGUAGGAGGUGCAUGCGGAGCUGUCUCUCUUUUUGCUGCGCGAGAUGGGCAGAUAGUCUCUUCUUUCGUUCACCCCACAGCAGACAGCCAGGCGAGAGCAGCAGCAGCAGCAGGGCCUGUUGCUCCCCGCAGCAGCAGCAGCAGCAGCAGCAGCAACGGGAUGGAUUUAGAUGAAGAGGCUGAGGAACAAGGGGCGGUUUGUUUAGCUGUCGAUACACCCCACAGCUGCUGCCUUGUGGGGUACGAAGACGGAUAUAUCUUAGGGAUAAAUGAAGAGACAGGAAAGGCUUUUGUGUCUGUGAGAGGGCAUGCAGCUGCUGUUGAGUGUUUGCUGCCUGUACACCCCAAACACCGCCUCUAUGCCUCUUCUUGGGGGCCCCAGGGCCCCUCGGCUACUCUUUUAAUCUUUUCUGCAGGUCUUGAUGGUAAGAUCCGUCUGUGGAAUCUGAGCAAGAAGACAGUUAAACUCACGUUCGACUGUACGUACACCCCAGUACCUGUGGGGCCCUCCGCAAGCAGCAGCAGCAGCAGCAGCAGUGGCAGCAGUGGCAGCAAUAGCAGCGGCAGUAGCAGCAGUAGCAGCAGCAGCAGCGAGGGAGAAGGAGUUGUGCGGUUGCUGCUGCACCCUGAACAGCCGCUGCUGCUCGCUGGAACUUCGUUUGGGCUCAUGCGUGCAUUCAACUGCAGCAGCAGCAGCAGCAGCAACAGCAGCAAGGGCAGCAGCGAGUGCCUAGACAUCUGGACUGCACACCCCUCACCGGUAAUGGACCUCCAGCAAAUCAGCAGCAGCAGCAGCAGCAGCAGCAGGGAUUGGAUUGUUGCUUCUGGAGAUUCAGAAGGAGGUGUCUACAUCUGGGCCUUAGACCCCAGGGCUCUCCUGCAGGGGCCCCCGAAGGGUCUUUAA